CCUCCCAGCCUAGGCCCCUCAGUGAGCCCUAAGAGGUCAUAUAGAGAGCAGCAUUUCCUCUCCAGGCCGAGAUGAGGGCUGAGGGCGUUUGGAGGGAAGCGCUCUGCCUACUGCCGGAAGGUGACACCCGCGAGGCCGACCGUCCCCCGAAGCCCCCGCAAGUCCAGACUGGGGGACCUCGGAGAUCCACGAGAUUUCCAGAGAAGGAAAUUGAGGCCCAAGAAGCUGCAUGACUUAGCCAAGUUCACGGAGUAGAACCCGGGAUUGGAGCCCGGGACAUUGAAAUGAAGGCGUCUUGCAUUGCAGCUCCGUUGCAGCGCAGAGGCGCAGGAAGGCAGACUACCACGAGCCUCGGGCUGCGGCCUCGCCCUCCUGGUCGAGCCUCCUGCCCUCCAACCCUCUGCUCCCGUUUCUCCCUCUGGUUCAUAGCCCGCGGGACAGAGCAGCCCUGGAUUGGGAGGCUCCUCAGGUCUCAGGCUCAGGUGCAGAAGCAGAGCCCCUAACUGGAAGGCUCGGAGGUGGGCCGGUGAGGCAAGCAAGCCCUGUGGGGGGUUGAGGACUGCUUGGGUUGGAUGUCCCUCACUGCAGCCUGUCCGUGGAUGUCUCUGCCUUAAGGGAAUUGGAGGUGGAACCAUGCAGUCUUGAAGGUCAACGGAGCGUGAAGAGAGGAGCGGGCAGCUUGAGGGUCUAAGGAUAACUCUGGGGCCAUGACAGCCAUGAGUCUCACAGAGGACCCCGAGACUUCUGUGCUGCGAGUAACCGGACUUGUUCUGAGACCUUUGCCCUAGAGGAUGGCCAAGGGGCUCCUGGUGACCUAUGCCCUCUGGGCUGUGGGGGGCCCUGCUGGGCUCCACCACCUGUACCUGGGAAGGGACAGCCACGCCCUGCUCUGGAUGCUGACCCUGGGGGGAGGUGGGCUGGGCUGGCUCUGGGAGUUCUGGAAGCUCCCAAGCUUUGUAGCUCAGGCCAACAGAGCCCAGGGACAGAGGCAGAGCCCCAGAGGGGUGACACCCCCUCUGAGUCCCAUUCGCUUUGCUGCCCAGGUGAUAGUUGGCAUCUAUUUUGGCCUUGUGGCACUGAUUAGCCUUUCUUCCAUGGUCAACUUCUAUAUUGUGGCCCUCCCACUGGCAGUUGGCUUAGGGGUCUUGCUGGUGGCUGCUGUUGGCAACCAGACCUCAGACUUUAAGAACACUCUGGGGGCAGCAUUUCUCACUUCACCUAUCUUCUAUGGCCGCCCCAUAGCCAUACUGCCCAUUAGCGUGGCCGCCAGCAUUACAGCUCAGAGGCAUCACCGCUACAAAGCUUUGGUGGCAUCAGAGCCGCUCAGUGUGCGGCUCUACCGUCUGGGCUUGGCUUACCUUGCUUUCACAGGCCCACUGGCAUACAGUGCCCUCUGCAACACAGCUGCCACCCUCAGCUAUGUGGCAGAAACCUUUGGCUCCUUCUUGAAUUGGUUCAGCUUCUUCCCCCUUCUUGGCCGCCUCAUGGAAUUUGUCCUCUUUCUGCCUUACCGGAUCUGGAGGCUACUGAUGGGGGAGACUGGCUUCAACAGCAGCUGCUUCCAGGAGUGGGCGAAGCUCUAUGAGUUUGUUCACAGUUUUCAGGAUGAGAAGCGUCAGCUGGCUUACCGGGUUUUGGGCCUCUCAGAAGGGGCAACAAAUGAAGAAAUACAUCGGAGUUACCGGGAGCUAGUGAAGGUCUGGCACCCAGACCACAACCUGGACCAGACAGAGGAGGCACAGAGGCACUUCCUGGAGAUCCAGGCUGCGUAUGAAGUCCUGAGUCAACCCAGGAAGCCCUGGGGAUCCCGGAGGUGAAAAGAAACUUCCCCCUGAGGACUGACUCUUCCUAGCAGAGCUGGGCAACUUGUCCCAAAUCUAGCUUUGCCCACGAAUGGCAUCCCAACAGAGUUAAAGAAACUGCUUGCAGGGGCCGGGCGUGGUGGCUCAUGCCUGUAAUCCCAGCACUUUGGGAGGCCGAGGCGGGCAGAUCAUGAGGUCAGGAGUUCGAGACCAGCAGCCUGGCCAAUACAGUGAAACUUCGUCUCUACUAAAAAUACAAAAAAUUAGCCAGGAGUGGUGGCAGGCACCUGUAGUCCCAGCUACUUGGGAGGCUGAGGCAGGAGAAUCACCUGAACCUGAGAGGCGGAGGUUGCAGUGAGCCGAGAUCACGCCACUGCACUCCAGCCUGGGCAACAAGAGUGAAACUCCGUCUCAAAAAAAAAAAAAAAGAAAAGAAAAACUGCUUGCAGGGGACAUGAGAAAACAAUGGGGUGAGAAAAGGUUGUGGUAGAAGGAUGUGUUUAUAUUCUGAAUUUCUGAAUUCUUGGCUAUUGCAUUCUUGACAAUUUUUCUUAAAACCAGAGAGUGAAAGGCAUAUUAUAAAACAAUCAAAUAUCUUUUAGAGUAUGGACAACUAUUAUAUAUCAAUAAAAAAUUAAUUAGAAAAAAUAUAUCUUUUAGAGAACACACCACCUUAUCCCACCCAUGAUAUAUUGAUGUGUGAUGGAGAAAGAUUAUUUAACUAUUUUUUUAAAUGUGUAAAGCAGCAGGGCAUAGUGGCUUACGCCUGUAAUCCCAACACUUUGGGAAGCUGAGGUGGGAGGAUCACCUGAGGUCAGGAGUUCAAGACCAGCCUGGCCAACCAACAUGGUGAAUCCCCAUCUCUACUAAAAAUACAAAACUUAGCCAGCCAUGGUGGCACAUGCCUGUAGCCCCAGCUAGUCGGGAGGCUGAGGCAGGAAAAUCACUUGAGCCUGGGAGGUGGAGGUUGCAGUCAGCUGAGAUUGAGCCACUGCACUGUACUCCAGCCUGGGCGGCAGAGCUAGAUUCUGUCUCAAAAAUUAAAUAAAUAAAUAAGUAAAUAAAUAAAUAAAUAAAUGUAUAAAGCACUAUGUUAGGAGAUUGAAGCAAAAAUAUGAAGGUUCUAGUAUUCACAAGCUGUCCUGUGAUAAGAGAGAUUUGAUCUUUUCUGUAGAUGGGGUGAGACUAGGAUUAAAUUUCAAAAUUUGAGAAAAAUAUUUUCAGUCCAUUUAUGGGAGAACUUUCUAGCAGCUACACUUUCUCCAAAAGGGAACAAGCUACUGUGGAGUGGGGGGUAGUUCUUCCUCCUCUGCUUAGAGGAGAAUUUUUGGAGAGCUCUCAGACUUUACAUAGGUGGUUGGACUGGCUGACUUCUCAGGUCUUCCCAGUAUUUGAGGUCUGAUUCUGGGCUACAUACCCUACUCCUAGAAGCAUACAAUCUGAUGGGAGAUAAUGACACAGGUACACAGAUAUCAAAGCCCUUGUUCAGUGUUUUGAACUAAAUGUCAUAAGAGCUGUAAAUAGUGUAUUGGCACAUUGGAGGAGGGACAGAUAACAUUGUUUUAUGGGGACUCAGAAAGAUUCAUGAUUUUAUAUGUCAUAUGUCCCUUUGGGGACUUUGGGGAACCCUAGGGAACCAGCGGCUAGAGCAUCUCAAGGGGGCCUUAUUCAAUUCUAGGUAACUAGCCAGGUGUGAAAGAAAGGGCCCAGGCUGUCUCACUUUGCAGAGGAAGAUUGGAGACCAGGAACAUGAUUUUAAAUUAUGUGCCUUUACUGCAGCUUUCUUGCUCUCUUUGUGUGUGUGCAUUCUUUCCAUUUUUUUCUUCUUUCUGGAUGUUAAAUCUGAGUAAUAUAUAUCAUUUUUAAAGUGGAAUUAUGACCGGGCAUGGUGCCUCUUGCCUAUAAUCCUAGCACUUUGGCAAGCCAAGGCAGGAAGAUUGCUUGAGCCCAGGAGUUCAAGACCAGCCUGGGCAACAUGGCAAAACUCCAUCACUACAAAAAGUACAAAAAUGAGCCAGGUGUUUUGGGGUGCGCCUGUAGUCCCAGCUAAGGAGGCUGAGAUUGGGAGGAUCACUUGAACCCAAAAGGUGGAGGCUGCAGUGAGCUGAGAUCGUACCACUACACUCCAGCCUGAGUGACACAGUGACAGCCUGUCUCAAAAAUAUAAAAAUAAAUAAAUAAAUAAAGUGGAAUUAUGUUGACGACUAUUCUCUCUAUUCUCUCUCUCUCUCUCUCUUUUUUUUUUUUUUUUUGGAGAUGGUGUCUUGCUCUGUCACCCAGGCUGGAUCUUGGCUCACUGCAACCUCUUCCUCCUGGGUUCAAGCAAUUCUCCUGCCUUAGCCUCUCGAGUAGCUGGGAUUACAGGCACCUGCCACCACGCCCGGCUAAUUUUUGUAUUUUUAGCAGAGAUGGGGUUUCACCAUGUUGGCCAGGAUGGUCUCGAUCUCUUGACCUCAUGAUCUGCCUGCCUUGGCCUCCCAAAGUGCUGGAAUUACAGGCAUGAGCCACCACACCUGGCCACUGUUCUCAAAUUGUAUUAUGGAGUUUUUUUUUUUUUUUUUUUUUUUUUUACAAAAUAUGGAUAUAUUUUAAUUUACUCAAAUGGGAACUACUGAUAAGCAGUUCUUAUUUUUCCAGCAUAAGCAAGCCUAUAAUAAAUAUCUUUGAAUAUAUGUACUGAUGCUUUUUGUUUUUUGUUGAAGCUAUAUCCCAAUAAGUGAUAAGUAGGGUCGAAGAGAGAACAUGUUUUUUACAAUUUUGAUUGAUAUCAUAUUGGGCCACGCAUGGUGGCUCAGGCCUGGCAUCCCAGCACUUUGGGAGGUUGAGGUGGGAGGAUAGCUUGAGCUCAGGAGUUCAAGACCAGCUUGAGCAACCUAGUGAGACCUCAUCUCUACUAAAAAAACAAAACAAACAAACACAAAAUUAGCUAGGUGUGGUGGCAUGUGCCAGUAGUCCCAGCUAGUUGGGAGGCUGAGGUGGAAAGAUUUCUUGAUCCUGGGAGGUUGAGGCUACAGUGAGCUGUGAUGGUAUCACUGCACUCCAUCCUGGGCAACACAGCAAGACCCUGCCUCAAACAAAUGUAUUUGGUUGAUAUUGUAUCAGAUUUCUUCUGAAAAACGUUUUAACGGUUUAGACUUUCACCAAGUGCAAGAAACUGGCAUUUUCUUUGUAACUGGCCUGGAAUGUUACCACUCUUUUAAACUUUUGUCAAGAUGAUUGUGAGAAAUAGUAUCUAAUUACUUUAAUUUGCAUUUCCCUGACUCCUAAUGAAGUUCAGCAUCUCUUCAAAUCUUUAUUGGGCAUUUGGAUUUUCUCUUCAGUGAAUUGCUUCAUCAUAUUCUCUAUUUAUUGUAAAGUUGUGUUCCUAUUUGUCGCUUUCAAAUCUAGUUUGGUGGAAUCCUUGCAUGUUAGAAACCUUAACCCUCGUAAUAUGUGUUGUAGAUAUUUUUCCCUUGCCUAUGAGUUGUCUUUCUUGAGCAUGUCAUCCUUGAGCAUGAGUUUUAGAGUCAGAAGAACAACAGUAGGAUUUGAAUCAGGUUACAUUAUUUUCUAGUUGUCGUAUUUUUUAUUUCUUCAGCCUCUUAGAAUCUUAGUUUCCUUUAAAAUUGAGAUAAUAGUAUCUACUUUAUUCAAAAAAAUUUUUUGGCUGGGCGCGGUGGCUCACGCUUGUAAUCCCAGCAUUUUGGGAGGCCAAGGCAGGCGGAUCACCUGAGGUCAGGAGUUUGAGACCAGCUUGGCCAACAUGGUGAAAACCCAUCUCUACUAAAAAUACAAAAAUUAGCCAGGUACAGUGGGGCAUGCCUGUAAUCCCAAGUACUCAGGAGGCUGAGGCAGGAGAAUCACUUCAACCUGGGAGGCAGAGAUGAGGUAGUGAGCUGAGAUCGCACCACUGCACUCCAGCCUGAGUGGUAGGGCAAGACUCUGUCUCAAAAAAAAAAAAUUGUUUUUUCAUUUAUUUAUUUAUUGAGACAGGGUCUUGCUCUGUUGCCCAGGCUGGAGUUUAGUGGGGUGAUCACAGCUCACUGUAGCCUGGAACUCCUGGGCCCAAGUGAUCCUCCUGCCUCAACCUCCCAAGUAGCUGGGACUACAGACAGGCAUCACCAUACCUGGCUUUUUUUCUUUUUUUUUUUUUUUUGGUAGAGAUGGGGUCUUGCCAUGUUGCCCAACCUGGUCUCUAACUUCUAGUUUCAACCCACCCUCCCGUUUGGCCUACGAAAGUGCGGGGAUUACAGGUAUGAGCCAAGUAUCUACUUUAAAAGGGUUGCUGUGGCCAGGCGUGGUGACUCACACCUGUAAUCUCAGCACUCUGGGAGGCUGACGUUGGUGGAUCACUUGAGGUCAGGAGUUUGAGACCAGCCUGGCCAAUAUGGUGAAACCCUUUCUCUACUAAAAAUACAAAAAAUUAGCCAGGCGUGGUGGCACAUGCCUGUAAUCCCAGCUACUCAGGAGGCUGAGGCAGGAGAAUCACUUGAACCCAGGAGGUGGAGGUUGCAGUGAGCUGAGACUGCGCCAUUGCACACCAGCCUGGGCGACAGAGUGAGACUCCACUUCAAAAAAUAAAAAACACAAAAAAUACAAAAAUGAGCCGGGCAUGGUGGCACACGCCUGUAGUCCCAACUAUUCUGGAGGCUGAGUGGGGAGAAUCGCUUGAACCCAGGGGGGCGGAGGUUACAGUGAGCCGAGAUGGCGCCUCUGCACUCCAGCCUGGGCAACAGAGUGAGACUCCGUCUCAAAAAAAAAAAAGAAAAAAAAAAGAAAAAAGAAAAUGUGGCUGCCCAGAAGGUCAAUCAUGAGUGAGUUGUGAUUGCGCCCCUGCACUCCAGCCUGGGCAACAGAGUGAGACACGGUCUGAAAUAAAUAAAUAAAUAAACAAAAUAAAAACAAAUAAGUAAAUGAAAUUAAAACAAAAACCAAAAUACGGUCUUAAAAAAAGAAGGACAUUUAGUAAAAUAAUAGGAAAUCUAAGACAUUAACAAGUGAGUCUUCUUUAUUUUCUACCUUAGUUGAUUUAAUGAAAUCCAGUGAUUUCAUAUUCUCCCAUUUGCACAAAACAAAAAUUCAUAGAUACUUUGAAGAGUUGGAAGGGAAUUGAGAAGGCCUGUAUCCCAAGCAACUAUACAGUACAGAAUCUUGGGAAAAGCUUGCCUUAGAGAUGACCAUUUCGGGUUUUGCUUGAAUUGGAAAUCUUCUACCUGUCUCACCUUUUAGACAUCCUUAAUUGUUCCCUAAAUUGUUUCCUAAAUUUGCUUCCUUGUAAUGUCUUUCUGGACCUGCCAUCUCUUGCUACAAAGAACAUAAAAAACCAAAAACCAUUUCUUGAUGAGAUUCUGCCCUUCAUCUCCUAUCUCUCUAAAUCUUCCAUUUGCCACAUUUACCAUCACCUUGUUUAAGGAGGAGGCACUGUAGUCCGAGCGAGGAGGGAUGAAGAGGUGAAGAGAUGGGUCUCUACUUCUACCUCUUGCAUUGACCAUACUGGUGACUUUGGGUGAGCCACCUUUCCACUAGGGCCUCUGUUUCUUUCUUGUCAGGUGAGGGAGAUGGACUUAGAUGACUUAGAUGAUUUUUUUUUUUUUGAGACGAGAUCUACUUUGUUGCACAGGCUGGUGUGCAGUGGCACAGUCAUAGCUCACUGCAGCCUUUACCUCCUGGGCUCAAGCGAUCCUCUCACCUUGGCCUCCCAAAGUGUUGGGAUUACAGGCAUGAGCUACUGACCCCAGCCUAGAUGACCUUUAAGCUUGCUUUCAACCUGCAUUCUGGAGUUAUUAGCUUUUCAGCUGAGGUUUUUAUUAAAUGGUUUGAUUUGUCAUCUUCUGUCUGCCCCCUUGUGGACAUUGUUUUGGGAAGAAAAUAAAAUACUUAAUUGCUCGAAGAACAAUAUAAUGACCAUCUCACCCUCCAAAAAUUCACUUGCAUCACACUGUUUGUUUUCAGUUAUUCAUGUUCACUUCUAGUCCUCGUUCAUAAAUGUACAUCAUUUUACAUGGUUGAAUCAUAUCAGGGACAUAAUUUUGUACUUUUCCCCCCCUCCCUGAUAAUGAUGAUGUUUUUACAGUAAAAUUAAAAAAUGCUUGUGAUUCAAUAAGCUUUUAAAAUAUUACCAUAAAGACUUUGUUAUUAUAUAUAUUUAAUUGAGAUAUAAUUCAUAUAGCAUAAACUUCACCCUUUAAAAGUGUACAAUUCAGUGGUUUCUGAUAGAUUCACAAGGUUGUAUAAUUAUCACCUCUGUUUAAUUCCAGAAUGUUUUACCACCCCAAAAAGAAACUCCAUACUCAUCAGCAAUCACUCUCUGUUUCCUCCUCUUCCUAGCCUCUGCAAUCACUGAUCUGCUUUCUGUCUCUAGAUUUGCCUAUCCUGGACAUUUUAUUUAAAUUGCAUCACACAAUAUGUUGUCCUUUGUGUGUGUAUGGCUUCUUUCAUUGAACAUAAUGUUUCCAAGAUUCAAAUAUGGGCUGGGUGUGGUGGCUCACGCCUGUAAUCCCAGCACUUUGGGUGGCUGAGGUGGGCGGAUCACGAGGUCAGGAGUUUGAGAGCAGCCUGACCAACAUGGUGAAACCCUGUCUCUACUAAAAAUACAAAAAUUAGCUGGGUGUGGUGGCAUGCAUCUGUAGUCCCAGCUACUCAGGAGGCUGAGGCAGGAGUAUCGUCUGAACCUGGGAGGCGGAGGAGGUUGCAGUGAGCUGAGAUUGUGCCACCGCACUCCAGCCUGGGUGACAGAACGAGACUCUCAAAAAAAAAAAAAAAGAAAAGAAAAAAUGAUUCAAAUAUGUUGAAGCAUGCAUUAUCAUUACAUUUAUUUUAUUUUUUAAUAACACACCAUUAUAUCUUAAAGCUGUAUAAUAUUCCCUUUUUGAUAAACAUUUAUAUAAUGUUGUUGUAAAUAAUGUGGCAUCGAUAUCUUCAUGGCUCUAAUUCAUCUCUUCUCUUGAAUUAUUUCCUUAGAAUAAAUUCCCAUGGGUGGGAUUACUGGGUCAAAGGGUAUGAACAUUUUUUAUAGCUCUUGUCAAUAUUGCUCUUAAAUUGUGGUGCCCAGAACUAAAUGCAAUUCUGAGAUGUGUUCAGACAGAACGGGGUACUGUGGGGCUGUUACGUUCUCAAGGUCUGAACAAUAUAUCAUCCUUUAAAUCCAGCAGCCUAAAAAUUUAUUAGCUUUUUUUGGUUGCUAUGUAAGUGUGACUCAUUGAGUUUAUAGUCAACUGAGGCCCUUAGAUCUUUUCCUAGGCACUGUGUCUUAGAGCUAUGUUUGCAUCUACUCUAGGACCCAGGAGGCUUUUGAGGACUCACUGACUUUAGUACUCUGUGUCUUAGUUUUCUUUUCUCUUGAACAGUGGGGUGGUCCUAACAAGCCUGGAGACGUGUGGUUUGUUGUAGUCUUAGCUAGGAACUGCAGAUGGCGCUACAAGGCUGUCACGGUAAAAUAUGUCCCUCGGCUGUCCCCUUCACUUAAAAAAUAAUGUGGUAGUGGCACCUCCAUAGCAGGUUCAUUACCAGAGUUCAGUCCUCUCCUUUUGCUGAGAAGGAGCAAGCAACUGUGAAGUUGGAUUUGGGGUGUUAUUCAAAGCAAGCUCCAACUGAAGCAUGCUUUUCAGUUGUCAUUUAAUCUCCUAGGGGAAUCUAGAGCUGUCUAUUUCAUGUUAGAACUUUGAACGCACAUCUCAUGCCAGUGCUUUGGCUUUUGAAGUUCACACCCUGAGAAGGUGAUUUAAAAUUUUUUUUCUUUUGCUUCAUGUUCCCUGCAGUAUUUCUGUUAGUCGCCUCAAGGGAUUAAAAGUUGUUCAACUGUUUUGUUUUGUUUUGUUUUUGCUAAGAUGAGUUUUGAGCAAUAAAAGUAAAAAAUUUAUGUAGGGUUCCAGCUAAAGAUACUUCAUUUCAAUAAUUUGUUCUCUCUUUUCUUUCUCAUUCUUCUUUUUCCCCACCUCUCAUUCACCCUUUCCAUAGUCCAUCUGGUUAUUUGCAAACUAUUAUGACUCUAAGCAAGGAUCUUGGACUUUCUGGGUUUAAACGUUACUGACAAGUUUCAACAGAACAAAGCAGUAAAACAGUGCCCUGUAUGGGAAACUUGGAAGGGAAUCUUUUUUUUUUUUUUUUGAGACGGAGUUUCGCUCUUGUUGCCCAGGCUGGAGUGCAAUGGCACCAUGUUGGCUCACCACAAUCUCCGCCUCCCGGGUUCAAUCGAUUCUCCUGCCUCAGCCUCCUGAGUAGCUGGGAUUACAGGCAUGUACCACCACACCCAGCUAAUUUUGUAUUUUUAGUAGAGACGGGGUUUCUCCAUUUUGGUCAGGCUGGUCUCGAACUCCCAACCUCAGGUGAUCUGCUCGCCUUGCCCUCCCAAAGUGUUGGGAUUACAGGCCACCACUCCCAGCCCAGAAGGGAAUCUUUUAACCCAUUCUGUGCCAGACCUCAGUCCCAAUUCUGGGUUGAGAAAUGUUGUGGGGAACAUCUGCUGGGCAGUGACUGAGUCAGCAUGUGAGCCUGGCUUUGCAAGCAACACCUAAAAGGGCAUUUUUCCUAGAAUCAAUGGCUCAGACACAUUUCAGGUGAAUUAGUACCAGAAAAGGAACGGGAGCUGGGCGUGAUGAUGGGCGGAGGUGGGGGGAUCACUUGAGCCCGGGAGUUUGAGGCUACAGUGAGUUAUGAUUCUGCCACUGUACUCCAACCUAGGCAACAGAGCAAGGCCCUGCCUCAAAUAAAUAAGUAAGAAAUUUAUUAAUCUGUCUCAAGAGUGGGGAAAAUAAAAGGCCAGGCAUAGUGGCUGAUGCCUAUAAUCCUAGCACUUUUGAGAGGCUAAGGCAGGAGGAUCACUUGAACCCAGUGGGGAGGAUUGCUUGAGUUUGAGACCGGCCUGGGCAACAUGGGGAGACCCCAUCUCUAUAAAAAAAAAAAAAUUAGCCAGGCCUGGUGGCUCACACCUGUAGUCCAAGCCACUGGGAAGGCUGCAAUGGGAGGACCAGUUGAGCCUGGGAGCUGGAGGCUGCAGUGAGCAAUGAUCCCAUCACUGCACUCCAACCUGGGCAACAGAGUGAGAACCCUGUCUCUUAAAAAAAAAAAAAAAAAAGGAAUGGGGCUUGGCGCCGGUGACUAACGCCUGUAAUCCCAGCACUUUGGGAGGCCAAGGCAGGUGGAUCACGAGGUCAAGAGAUUGAGACCAUCCUGGCCAACAUGUGAAACCCCGUCUCUACUAAAACUUCAAAAAAAUUAGCUGGGCAUGGUGGCGCACCUGUAGUCCCAGCUACUUGGGAGGCUGAGGCAGGAGAAUCGCUUGAACCCGGGAGGUGGAGGUUGCCGUGAGCUGAGAUCGCGCCACUGCACUCUAGCCUGGGUGACAGUGCGAGACUCUGUCUCAAAAAAAAAAAAAAAGAAUGGGAAGGGGUUGUGGGACAUAAAACGUCUUUGGUUCAGGUGUUUCCCAGUCACAGAUCUGAGGGCCACUGAGGCUUGUUUUACUCCCCCACCCCUCCUUCCAUAUCUUUACCCACUUUAGACGUGGUUUCUCUUGCUUUUUCCUCCCUUUCCCUCCCAUGAACCACAGGAGAGAGUGUACGUUUAAUAUUCAGUAAAUUUGAUAUUCAGUGCCUGCAAACUUACUUCGUCUUAGCAGUUGACUUUUCUUGCACAGCCAAGAUGACUGAUCAUUUCAGACCCAUCUCCCUCCAGGCUCUAAUUCUUCUCCAUCAAUGUGUUUGUUUUGAUAUUUCUGCCUUUGGUUGAUGUUCUUCUUCUUUCCUAUAAUUAUUUUUCCUCUCUGCUAAAUCUUUUUUUUUUUUUGAGAUGGAGUUUCGCUCUUGCCCAGGCUGGAGUGCAGUGGUAUGAUCUUGGCUCAUUGCAACCUCCGCCUCCCGGGUUCAAGUGAUUCUUGUGCCUCAGCCUCACGAGUAGCUGGGAUUAUAGGCGCCCGCCACCACGCCAGGCUAAUAUAUUUGUAUUUUUAGUAGAGACAGGAUUUCAUCAUAUUGGCCAGGCUGGUCUCGAACUCCUGACCUCAGGUGAGCCACCGGCCUCGGCCUCCCAAAGUGCUGGGAUUACAGGCAUUAACCACCAUGCCUAGCCUUGCUAAUACAAAUCUUUACACUUCUUUUAUGACCUAGCUUAAGAUUUAUCCCUAAAUGAUGCCUUUGCUGAUUAAUUCCACCUCUAGUAAUCUUUGCCCUUUGAAUUCCUUCUAUAUUCCCAUCUAGUUUGUACUGUUCUAUCAAUAAGUUUCUUGCAUGUUGCCAUAUAAAUUGUUCUCUGUCUCAUGUUUGCAAGUCUUCUCUUCUUAACUAUACAAAAGCUGCUGGAGGGCAAGUGACUGUGUCUUCUCCUAAUGUAAAUAGCAGGACAUUUAUUAAAUGUGCAACCUAGGUAAAUUAUUGAAAAAUUUUGAGCUUCAGUUUCCUCAUUUGUUACAUGAGGACAAUGAUGCCUGCACCACACAAUGUUCAGACAAUCAAAUGAGACAAUGUGUACAGAGUGCUUUAUGAAGUAUAAAACAUUUGACAGAAGUGAAGCAUACUAUUUUUUUAAAGUGGUGACAGAAUCUAUAAAUGAAAGAUAAUUUAAAAACUUAAUAAAAGAACUUAGAGUACAGCAAUAUUAGUUACUAUCUUACACAUAGGACAAAUUCACUUAAUAUCAAAGUCAAGUCUUAAUGAACCUGCAAGGCUCACAUUGAACUGAAUUUUUCAGAUCUGAGUUUUGGGUCCAGCAUUGCCAAUAAUUUUGUGAUGUAACACUUCAACCUUUGAUAGUUUAAGGCCUUUCCCAGCUUUAAAUAUCUGAUACACAAGUGAAAAUUUGGGUAUGUUAGCCUUGUUUUUGGGCCUCAGUUUUGUUAUCUGUAAAAUGGGAAA